CCGCUGACAACUGGGAUGAAGCCUUUCUCUCCCCGGUCUCCUGGUGACAUUAAUUUAGAGGACGUGGUGAAAUUCUCCAGAGCUGGUGGUAAACUAAGUCAAGGAGCGGUGAAGUUUGUGGGGCAUUUACCGGGCCGCAGUGAUGCUUAUUUAGGGAUGGAGUUAGACAAAGAAGAUGGAAAACAUGAUGGAAAAUUUGAGGGAAUGAGAUACUUCCGAUGUAAACCUAACAAGGGAGUGUUUGUAGCUUUCAACAAAGUUGUUAUGGCCUGGACAAGAUGAUCUAUACUGCAAAUAUAAGAGU